AGUGACUCCUCCUAGGAAAGAUAACCAGCUCUCCAGACUCUCUGGGAUCCAACUUCCGCUCCACCUCGGUCUGAAGCACUGGAGAGCUCUGGAAGACUCAAACUCCUGUAGCCCGUCCAGAGGGAUCUGCACCAGGAGGCUUUUAAGUCAACAACAGGAAGCAGAAAGACUCUUAUGAAGGUACAUAAAGCAGAGGCCACUAUGGAGAAUCAUGUGACACAGAUUGCCCGAGAGGACCUGGAAGAUCUCCGAGAAGCCUUUAAUAAAAUUGAUAUUGACAACAGCGGUUAUGUCAGCGACUUUGAGCUCCAGGAGCUGUUCAGAGAGGCGAGUUUCUCCCUGCCGGGGUACAAGGUGCGAGAGAUCAUCGAGGCCUUCAUGAGAGGAGACUCCAACAAGGACGAGAAGAUCAGCUUUGAGGAAUUUGUUUCUAUCUAUCGAGAACUGAAGAGCAAGGAGCUCAGUGAGACGUUUAAGAAAACCGUAACAAGGAGAGAUGGGAUUCGUUCUUUCGGAGGGAUGUCAGAGAACUCCAGCGCGGGAACGCAACACUCCUACUCCGAUGAGGAGAAGGUGGCGUUUGUCAACUGGAUUAACAAAGCUUUGGAUAAAGAUUCAGACUGCCAGCAUCUGCUGCCCAUGAACCCCAGCGACGACAGCCUCUUCACUUCUGUCCGCGAUGGCAUCCUCUUAUGCAAGAUGAUCAACCUGUCUCAGCCUGACACGAUUGACGAAAGAGUCAUCAACACUAAGAAACUCACCACCUUCAAAAUGACGGAGAAUCUAGUCCUGGCUCUGAACUCAGCCUCAGCAAUCGGCUGCACGGUGGUGAACAUCGACGCUCAUGACCUGAUGGCUGGGAAACCCCAUCUGGUCCUGGGUUUACUCUGGCAGGUUAUCAAGGUUGGCCUCUUCGCUGAUAUAGAAAUCAGCAGGAACGAAGGUCUGAUUGGCCUUCUGAGAGAUGGGGAGCAGCUGGAGCGUCUGUUGGCUCUUUCCCCUGAGGACUUACUGCUCCGCUGGGUCAACUAUCACCUACAGAACGCAGGAACAAGCACCAUCAACAACUUCAGUGAAGAUAUCAAGGACUCGCGUGCCUACUUCUACCUGUUGGACCAGAUUGCUCAGCAUGAAGAGAAUGACCACAAAAUGAGCGUCAAAAUUGACAUGAGUGGCCUCAGUGAGCGUGACUUAGAGAAGAGGGCUGAGCUGAUGCUGCAACAGGCGGCCCGGUUGGACUGCAGACAGUUUGUCUCUCCUCAUGACGUCACAUCUGGAAACAGUAAACUCAACUUGGCCUUCGUGGCCAACCUUUUCAACAUGCAUCCUUCUCUGCAGAGGGUUCAUAUCAACGGCAUGGACACUGCACACAUAGAGGGUGAGACCAAAGAAGAGAAAAUAUUUCGAAACUGGAUGAACUCUCUGGGCGUCUCUCCAUAUGUCAACCACCUGUACUGGGACCUCUGUGAUGGUUUGGUGAUCCUGCAGCUUUUAGAGAAGGUUAAUGUGCAUGUGAACUGGAAGAAAGUCAACCAGCCGCCUUAUCCUGCCCUGGGGGCCAAUAUGAAGAAGCUGGAGAACUGUAACUACGCUGUGAGACUGGGAAGGGAUGUCGCUCACUUCUCUCUGGUCGGCAUCGGAGGAGAAAACUUGAACGAGGGGAGUCCAAUGCACACCCUGGCGCUGGUUUGGCAGCUGAUGAGGAGGUACACAGUGCUGGUUCUGUCAGAUCUGGGUGACGGAGAUAAGGUUGGAGAUCAGAUUAUCCUCAACUGGGUGAACAAAACCUUGAGCGAGAAACGCAAGGACACACAGAUCAGCAACUUCAAGGACCAACUGAUCAGCACCAGCCUGCCAGUGAUUGACCUGAUCGACGUCAUCGCUCCCGGUACCGUCAGGUGGGAAAUGGUGAAGAGAGGAGAGAGAGGAGUGCUGAGGCAGGCCGACAAACUCAACAACGCCAAGUACGCAAUCUCAUUGGCCCGUAAGAUCGGCGCUCGUGUCUACGCGCUGCCAGACGAUUUGGUGGAAGUGAAUCCCAAGAUGGUGCUGACGUUGUUUGCCUGUCUCAUGGGCCACGGUUUGAAAAAGGCCAACCACUGAAACAGACACGAACAAACCAUGUGAAAACCAACCACCAAUAUUCAUUUUGUUUCUGUGCGCUUUUCAGCUUUAUGUGUGCAACUUUUUUCGUCAUUCAAAUCGCUUUUCUUUGACCUUUCUGUGAUCGUCAGACAAAACAAGAGAAUCAAAACAAGUCACUCUCUGCUAUUCCUUUCAUCAAUAAGCCUUGUCAGCAGCAAAACCACCACAUUUGUUUGUUAUCUGUGAUUUUAUAAAAUAUCUGCUCUCUGCUGUAUUAUAUUUAAUAGGGCAUUACAUCUGUUUACUUUAUCUGCUAUAUAACCAAAAAAUGAGAUACAGCACACACCCCUAUUCUUUGUCUAUAAAUGUUGUGCAUUGAAUGUUGCUAUUUAAUUAUUAAAGAGAAUCUGUUAAAUGUACU